CCUGGAGGCUCGAACUGAGAGGGCAAAACAAUGUCUUACCGUGAAUUCGGCUGCCUACGAGGGAAGAAAAAGGCUAGAGGACACAGCUGAGCGAUUUUCCUGAGCCAAUCAAUGCCACCGUGCUAGGCUGCCAUUGGCUAGCAGCUCUGUGAACUCUGUGUAUUGUCAGGUAAUAUUUCAGCCUCAAACGUGCUGGACCGCCUGUACAAAUGCCGCUAGCCGUACUGGAAUCGACCACCGGUACCACGUUAGGCCGCUUUUAGAUGCCUGCAAAGCUUGACCGGCGAUACUGUGCCGCUUGCAGCAUAGUGCCGUGGGGGCAGCGGGGGCCGCUUACGGUUAGGCGGCCUGGCUCUGUCUGGGAGGUUGACCUUUUAUGAUUCAGAUCUGAUUUGCUAAUUCGUAUUUAAUAAUUUUAAACUACACUGAAUGUGCUUUUUCUUCCAACACGAUUUCAGUCAACAACAAUCUCUCGCGUGUGAUUGGACGACCGCAGCGCUCUUCUUUCUUGGCGGGAUAUUGGGUUGGUUCAGCAACCACGUGCUCCCAAUUCCAUGCGGCGAAAGAGUGCGAAAUGAAGGGGGCAUUCCUCUGUGCGGCGCAUUUUUAAUAUUAAUUGAUUACAAAGUAUUACCUGCCCUUGCUUUGAGUCACCCUGGACUCGUCGCCACUCGGCUAAUUGGCUCUGGCUCUCUUCAGCAUUUGCACCAGGACAACACUAACCGAACGUAUUCGUACCAAAACAUGUUGAAGAUGGCAUGACGCCAUGACUCUCCGACACAUCACCUUAGAAAGCGGAGGGAUAGCGCAAUCUUGUCGGCGCUAGGCUAUUUAAUAUAUACUUUAUAACAUAUGCUAUAGCAUAAUAGUACAAGAGAUCUGUCACUGUCAGGCCCUCAUACGUCAAGCGGGGUCUGAGAUGGGAUGAUCGACACACUUGCUCUCGAACGAGCCUCUGACCGAGUGUCUAGGUGCGGGGAUGAUAACAGAUAGACGGCUGCCGGCCGAUCGUCCUGGCGUUCACCAUUCAUAUUCAACCAUUCUGAUAUCAUAGAGAGUGUGAUUAGCAUUGACACCAUGCUGUAAACAAGUAAGAUAGAGCAAAACAAUUAUAUAAUAUCCCGGCCUGAUUAAUGGAACGGCACAUAGAAUAAUAACUAGGGGUUAAGAGUAAUGCUGGUCACGCGACUAAUUGGAUGCCUUG